CGCCUUUUCUCCAUUGACGACUAGUCGACUGAAACUCUGGCAGCACUGCUGACUGCUGCACUACGUGAGAAUCCCGCACGCCACGGCGCCACACGCCACACAAUCGCGGAACGAAUUUGUUAAUUGUUACAAAAUGGCGGGCGACAAGAUUGUUGACUGCACGCAGAACGGUAACGGCGAGAAAAUAAGCGAGAAUGGUGACCUGAGCCUCAGCCUGAACCUGGAGGACGAUUUCGUCGAGUCGAUCGAAUACGUUCCCUGUCCCGAAUUUCAAUUCUCGACAACAGCAUGUUAUAUUUGUAACGGAUAUUAUGGGCCGUGCUUCGAAGAACCAGUCUGCGCGACGUGUCACGCAUUUCUGUUCCCGAAUGACGUCGAUCUGCUCCAAGUACCAAUUUUCAGCGAGAAGACGGACGAUGAAGAUUCGGGAAACGACGAGCCGACCGAUUACUACGAGAGGAGAACUAGCCAGCAGCAGCAAAAUUCACCGCAGAGCGUCAACCCCAAUAUCCCAAACGUGCAGCAGAACCCGCUCAAUCAUAACGCGAACGUUUCGCGCAGAUGUUACGCGCUGUAUCAAAACGCGGCGGCCCCCCAGUGCAAUUAUCACGCGCCGCAGAACAAUUCGAGUAACAAUUCCGUCGACAAGUGCGUGGCGGCGUUCGCGCGGAACGUGCCGGCGCCGCGCGACGCGAGUCUCGACCUGCAGAGUAUGGUAUGCCGAACGAGGGGCGACUGCCAUCAGAACUGCGCCAACAGGAAUGACAAAAACGCGCAGGACAGAAUGGAGGAGAAUAUACGCCGGAGUACGCCGGAAAUGUUUGCGCUAGGUCACGACGGUCAGAACAAUGAACCCGGGCACAACGCCGCGCAGUAUCAUUGGGAUUACAGGGUGUACGAGGACGCGGAUGAACCGUCGCGGCCGUACAAUCUGUCGGAGCGGCUGGAGAUACUGUCGAAUCACAAACACAUUGAACACGAGCCCAUCAACGAGCCUGGUUUGGUGGAAAGAUUGCCGCCUGAGGUCCUGCUCGCCAUCUUCUCGCAUCUCGACGACAUCAGCCUAUGGUCGGCGGCGAACGUCUGUCGACGAUGGUGCGGCCUGCUGUCGACGCACGUCACUCAGCUACAAUGGCGGCAGCACGUGAAAUUACGCUGGCCUCUGUACAAGCCUAUCGGCUGCGUCAAGAACUGGUACAAGGUGUACGAUUAUUUGGCCUCCUCGGCACCGUGUCGUACUUGUCUGGCGCAGACCUCCCUGCGAUCGAGGCCUCCCAGAAUGGAGGAGAACUCUUGGCGGAGGAACAGGUUACGCAGCGAGCUCAAAAGUUUGAGAAUCGAUCCGCCUGAAGGUAUCGAGGCGAUGCCUCUCGAUCAUAUGUGCUGCCACUGGCAAGCUACUAUCACGGGACCAGUGGGAAGUCCGUACGAGGGAGGAUUGUUUUAUCUGUAUCUACAAGUUCCAUUCAGCUAUCCCAUGUGUCCACCCGUAGUGAGGUUUCUAACGAAAAUACUUCACCCGAACGUGUCGAGACACGGAGAUGUUGGAAUAGACUCGAUACAUCAUAAUUGGUCAUUAGCUCUCACGAUAUCCAAAGUCCUUAUCAGUGUACAAAGUCUGCUUACGGAUCCGUAUUGCCAAGUGUGCAUGGAGCCAGAACUAGGAGAGAUGUAUAUGAACGACCGCGAGAAGUUCGAGGAGGUGGCGAGAGCAUGGACGUGGAGGUACGCGAUGCACGAUGUCGUAACGCCGAUCUAGUGCCCGGGGAUGUAUAAAUUAUCGCAAUUAAUCUGUGUAAUUAAUAUAAACCUAGAUAUUAAUUAGCACAUAGAUAUAUUAUGUAAGCUAUUUAAUGAAUUGAUAAUGAGAUUUGUGAUACAUUGUGCUAAACAAGAAAAAGGGAAGCUCUAAUCGAGGACGACUGUGUAUUUAUAGGAAUUAUUUGUUAAUUACGAUCGUGUACUAGCGAAAUCAGAAUCGGAACCUUUUUUACCCCAAAGUUCACUAUAAAAUGUAUACAUUAAUAUUCUCAACGUUGUUGAUUCAAUCGUUGCGUCCCCCAUAAAAUCGCAAAUUAUAUACCAGUAAUAUAUAAUUGUAAUAUAUAA